ACAUAAUGAAGAGAGGAAGAGAAUAUUAUCCAAUAUCGAGGUCCUCAGGCUCUUUUGUGAGCAUAGCAUUAUCCUUUGUAAAAUCAGUAUUUGCAUUCCUGAUCGCAUGGGCGACACAACGUCUUCUUCCAACUGAGCAAAGGCCCAGCGGUAGUGUCAAUGUCCCUUUGGAUCUAAUGGUGGAGAUUCUUAAAAAACUCCCUGCAAAGUCUCUCGUGAGGUUCCGAUGCGUCUCGAAGCAAUGGUCGUCAAUUAUCAGCAGCCGCAGAGACUUCCUUGACUCAAUCGUGACACGUUCUUUGGCUCAGCCGCAGCGUAUGCACUUCAUCUUCCAUCACUGUACGAGUAAACCAUUCUUCAUCUUCACGUCAACUUACCAUAAGAUGGCUGAUAACCAAUCAAUAUUCAUCCCUGCACUAACGAGUUCCUGUAUUUAUAAAUACGUCCGCGGUUUGAUUCUUUGUUGCUCAAAGCGAGGUUUUAAUAUUGUUAUAUACAACCCUACCACGAGGCAGGCCCUUUGGUUACCGGACAAGCAACCUUUGAUGCAGCUAUACCAGUAUACUUACUUCUUUGGAUACGACCAUCUCGAGAAUCAAUACAAAGUUUUGGGCCUACCACACCAAGAUAUGGAGAGAGCUUGUCUAGUUUUCACAUUGACAGUUCCGACGGCUACCAAAAGCUGGAGAUACGUAGAAUCCAUUGGACUUGGACAUCACUAUCCAAUAAAUCAUGAUAUUUGCAUCAACGGGGUUAUCUAUUACCAAGCAAGUACUACAGAAUAUGGUUCGACAUAUGUAUUGAUGAGUUUUGAUGUUAGGUUUGAGAAAUUUAAUCAGGUCAAUGCUCCUACGAAUCACCCUUCGAGUCUGAUAAACUACCAAGGCAAGUUAGGGAUCAUGUGUUGCAAGAAGGGCGUGGAAAUUUGGGUUAUGGAGCAUACUGAUGAGAAGACACAAGAAUGGUCCAAGAUUUUCUUUUACGAGGAGAUGGUAAGUUUCAAAGAUUGGUUCAGCAGCGGUGUUACUCGUGGUGGUGAGAUAGUUUCUGUCCAUAUUCGGCCCGUGCAUCACAAUCGUGACGCGCUAUGCGUCUCAUAUUACGAUCCAGAGCGAAACAGCAUGAGAUAUGAAGACAUAGACGGCAUUAGUACCAAGGAACUAAAGCAUAAAGAUAUUUUGUUUAAAGGCGUUGUCACUGAUCAUGUCGAGAAUACUAUGUGUUUGUAUUAAGUUAAGUCAAGAGAGUGGGUGAUUUCUAAUAUGGAUAAAAGCAUAUAUAUAGCUCAUGUGGUAGGUUUUAUAUACUAUAUUGUUGGUUUAUAUAAAGCAUAUAAGCUAAAGAUUUUAAAAGCAAAAAAAAAAUGACAAAAGCAUUAAGAUAUGUUGUUUAUGGUAGGUUUUUUUCAUCAAAAGCAUUAAGAUAUAACUUAUUCAAGAACAAUCUAAAAGAUGGGAAUGUAAUUUAUAGUAUUUUUUUUUGUGUAACUUAUAAUUUAUAGUACUUUUGCCACCAACUAGUCGUUGUCUGGCAAAUUAUCACCUUUCCCCAAACCAAACAUACACAACUGAGCUUAGAGGCAACUAGUCAAUAUAUUUCAAAUUUUAUUUCA